GAACUAAAGAUAUACUUUCUCUAACCAACGAAUUCCUCUGUUUCUCCUGCUUUACUCUUCGGCGGCGGCGGCCUUUUCUCUCUCUUCUCUUCACCGAUAUAGAUACAUGAAACCUAUUAUGGCAUGGAAGAAUUCGAGCUUCAGUUUUUAUUGACUGGAAGCAAGAAAAGAAAUCGGAAACUUGUUUCUGAUGUAUUAUUGAGACAAGAAAGAAAAAGAAUAAGGAAACAGAGGCAACUCCAGCACCAGAGAGAAGCAUUAACUUCCCAGCUACAGCGAAAAUCAAAAAGGAAAGAAAGCCUUUUGAAAAAGUUAAUCAAGUGGGGAUAUGCGCAAAAAAUAGGGAAAUUUUACGAUGAUCGAACCCAAAGACGGAUAAAUAACAAUGGCAAGAUAACAGAUUGGGAAAGGAAGUUGAAUUGGGAAAGAAAGUUGGAAGGCAUGAAGAAAAUGGCGACGAUGGUGACGAAAGCUUCUCAAUGUCUCGACGAUGUGCCGAUAGUCACUAAGUUCACGGGAAUGAAAGGUUCUCAACAAAUUCUCUGCUAUAUCGACCAAAUCAAAAUGCAAUGGCCAAUGCAAUCUGAUCUCCUAGUGAUUAAGCAAGAGAUCCAAGAAAUUGACCGCAAGCACAAGGAUGCUGUAUUAGCAGAAGACGAGGCGAAGUGGCGACUGCUUCUAGUUGGAGAGAAGAUUGAAGAACUUGAUCGACAACUAUCAGAGUUUUAUUUUGCACAUCGAUGGUCGGAAAAAGUUACUUCAACCGAUGAUCGUGUAAGUAUGCUAACUCGUGAAAAAGAAGUACUAUCUAAACUCCGUGAUUUGGAAAAUCAACUUUACGACAAGGACAACAACAAAGUGGAAUACAAAGAUUUCCUAGGCUUGGAGCAGGCCUUAAAGAAAACUGCUUGGGGGAAAACUCCAAACUACCUCCAACCUAUUGCGAUCCGAAUCGAAAAAGCUCGAGGAAAAGCUACUGAUGUUUUUCAUAUCCCCGCUCAAGUUCCGGUCUGCGCUGCGAUCAAAGAGAUGGAAGAGUUUCCGGUUGAGGAUUUGGACUGGGAUACGUUGAAAAAGUGGGGCGCUACGCUUAAUUACGCUAAGAAAUAUGGUUUUCAAGUGGGAUUUGCUGAUAAACUGUUGAAGAAGAAUUUGCUUGCCUAUUUGGUUAUUCAAAAUCUGCCCAAUUCGACCGCAAAAAAUUAGUUUCCCAAAAACAAAUGUUUGUGUUGCUGUUCUAGCUUGCUGCGUCUCCCCAUGAGAGUGGCUUUAAUGUGUUUGUCCUUUGACUUUUCUAUAUUUACUUUUCUUCAUGUGUGAUGUUUAUGGUAUUUGAAACUAAUGCUAUGUUCAAUAAAUUAAGAAAUUAAGUAUUGAAAAAAUAAGUAAGAAAAA